AUGGCGUCCUAUCAGCAAUCCCGCAUCCAGGCUUACCUGGAGAAGAACAAGAUCGGUCCCCUGUUUGAGGAAUUAAUGACCAAAUUAAUAACUGAGACACCUGACCAGCCCAUCCCAUUUCUCAUUGACCACCUUCAGUCCAAGCAAGGAAACCGAGGGCAGCUUCAGCGAACUUUAUCCGGAUCUGCAGCUCUCUGGGCAGAAAGUGAAGCAUCAGAACAUAAAGGAGUAAGAAGGGAUGUGAGAAGCUAUGAUAAGCCUUGGCAAUUAAAUGCAAAGAAGCCCAAAAAGUCAAAAAGUGACCUUGCUGUCUCUAAUAUUUCUCCACCGUCACCAGAAUCCAAAUCAUUGUCAAGGUCAGUAGAUCAUCCUAAGUGGAACUGGAGAACUAAACCAGAAAGCCGUGAUUUUGAUGAAUUGAACCACAUCCUUCAAGAGAGCAAGAAGCUGGGAAAGGCCCUUCAGAAGCUCUCUCGAAGUAUUGCAAUUUCAGAUGAACUUGAUAAGGAAACAGUGGCAUUUACUUCUACUCUUCUAAGACCCCGUGUGAUUGGGGAAUGGAUUGGUCGAGAAGAGAAUGAUGCUGAUCCAUUAGCAGCCGAAAUGCUACAACCCCCAAUUCCAAGAAGUAAAAAUGAGCCAUGGGAAAGUGAAGAUAGCAGCUCUAGCCCCACUGGAAGCUUAAAGGUGGAACCCAAGACUAAGGGACUAAAGCAACAGCAGCAGCAACACAAGAAACUGCUGGCGGCAAUGCUCUCCCAGGAUUCUUUUGAGUCUGUUCACAGCCCUACCCCACCGGUAACAGAAGAAGAUAUUGAUAAUGAAGAUGAUGCAAUGGAAUUGCUGGAGGAUCUUGAUGACUUAAGAAUGGAGGGAGUAACUACUCUAGCACCUUCUGGGAGCAAAUUUAAUCAAGGUCGUGCUACUCACCCUGCUGAACUUCAGGCCAAGGUCACACUGAACAUCUGUUCAAGGUGUGCAAGACUUCAAGGAGACAAUUUGGCAGAAAGAACAGAAGAGACGUCACAAAUACUUCCUUUUCCAGGUGAAAUAAUCCUGGACUCUUUGAAUUCCUUACCUGGGACUGAAGAAGCACUAAUGGAGGAGGGUGUAGAAUUGGAAAUAGCAUCUAAAUUAACAGGACCUGGAGAAGCCCCCAGUGGAGGACAGUCAUUGAAAAACUACAUGGAAGAAGAUGAUUCUUUAAAGCAAUUGCAGGUGGUUCACCAACCAUGGAUCUUGCCAAGUGACACAGAAAGCGAAGGAGUAGAAGCAGAACAAGAGAAACGUUCUACUGACCUUCUUCUUUGUGUUCCGUGCUCUUCUUGUCCUACUCUGGUCUACUCUGGUCUGUGA